AUGGCCACCAUUUCCCUGAUCGGUGCUGAUGUCGCAGCCUGCGAGAAACCACCCACUGAAGUUGAUGUUGUCGUCGUCGGUGGUGGAUUCUCAGGCCUCAAGUCGGCCUAUGAUCUGCAGCAAGCCGGCCUGAGCACCGUCGUCCUCGAAGCCAAGGAGGCAAUUGGCGGCAGGUCUCGUUCAAUACACCGACAGAGCGGCGAUGGCAUUAUUGAACUUGGCGCCACUUGGAUCAACAACACCACCCAGCCGAGAGUGACAGCCCUCGUUGACAAGUUUGGAUUGGACACCGCGGUGCAAUACACUGCGGGUGAUGCGGUCUUUCAAGGACCCGACGGCCAAGCCAGAAGGAUUCCUCCAGGUAGUCCAAAUGCCGGUAACGAGGAGGACGCGGCGAUAGAAAUCAGCCUCCUCGGCAAAGUUGACGCGGCAGCCGAGGCGGUAAAUAUCACGUACUGGAAAGACUAUCCCGAAGACCAGGACGUCACACUUGAUGAGUGGCUUGCCAAGAGUGGCUAUGGGAACUCUUCGCAUGCUCGCGGUCUCGCAGGUCACCUAGCUAGAGCUCUCGUGGGGCGGGAGUCUCAUGAAACCGGUGUUCACUAUCUGCUCGACUACAUCAAAUCCGGCCUCGGAUUGGUGAGUCUGAAUAGUGAGGACGAAGGCGGAGCUCAGUAUCUCAAGAUCAAACAAGGAACCACUUCAAUCGCGACGAAUCUGGCAAAGGCCAUGACCCCUGGAAGCGUCUUGGUCAACACGCCCGUCAAGGCAAUCAAGCAGCACAAAGAUGUCUCGAUCGUCACAGCGCAGACCGGGCAAGUUUUCAAAGCGAAGAAGGUCAUCAUCGCCAUCCCGACCAACACCUACCGCGAAAUCACAUUCUCCCCACCCCUGCCCAAGAAGAAGGAGACUCUCGUAUCCAACACGAAGCCAGGUAUCUACGGAAAGAUGAUCCUCUCCUACAACGAGCCUUGGUGGAGAGACGCAGGCCUGGUUGGCAAAUUCACGUCCGUCUCGGGACCGCUCUGCUUCAGCUGGGACACGUCGGACCCUUCAAAGUCCCAGUACAGUCUUGCUGCGUUUAUCGCCGGCGACAUUGCAACAAAAUGGCACGCCCUUACCGAUGAGGAGAGGAAGAGUUCCAUCAUCAGCCAUUUGGAGUCGCUUGUCGGCGAGGACCUUGCAGGUAAAGCGCGUGAUGUGCUGGAGAUCAACUAUGCCGAGUGGACAAAGGAAGAAUUCAUAUGGGGGGCACCAACCAGCGCCAUGGGCCCUGGAUUGCUGAGGAAGUAUGGGGAUGCCCUGAGAGAGUCCUAUGGCAAUCUCCAUUUCGGAGGCGGAGAGACUGCCUAUGAGUGGAAGGGGUAUCUGGAGGGGGCCGUCAGGGCAGGUGAACGAGUUGCGGCAGAAGUCAUUGAAGCUCUUGGUAAGGGGCAGAAGUAG